CCGGAUUUAUUCUUUUCUGAAAAUCGAAUCUCCAUUCUAUCUCGCAAAUUUUUUUUUGAAAACCAAAAUCUUGCGAAGCCUACCAGCAUUGCGUUUUAGGCAUAUUAGGAGGUUGUCAUAUUGUCAGAAACUGGAUUAGUUCUUUUCUGAAAAUUGCAUCUCUACUCUAUUUCGCAAUUUUUUUUUGUUAAGAUCUCAAUUUUGUGAAAGCCGAAACUUCGCGGCACCUGGCCUAGAUCUCGCUCGUAGUACUCUUCUGACAUACCUCACUCAUAACAGAUUGACAGAUAUACAAAAAAAAAGGGGGGGGUGAUCCUCUUCUUUUAUUUUUUAUUUAAUUUAUUUUGUUGAUUAGGGCCGGGAGGAAAGUAAAGCUUGGUUGGUUACCUACCUGCGUUUUCCCUCCCACCCACCCCUUUGCGUGCAUUCCCGGUUUGGUACAGUGCCACAUCAGCAGUGCCACGUCAGCAGUGCCAUGUCAGUAAUAGUGCCACAUCAGCAACAGUGCCACGUCAGCAGUGCCACAGUGCCACGUCAGCAGUGCCCCGCCACCAUGACGGGCUCAGUUCUGGGCAUGCCAGGCCAACUGGCCAAUGAGUCCAUUGCCGAGUACCGACAGCGUUUCGAAGCUCAGCUCGCACUGAUCGAGGCUGAGGAACAAUGUCAGGCGGCAGCCGAGGCUGCCCGCCCACAGGCUAAAGCGGUGGCAACAGCUGAAAAGCAACGGCUUCAAGCCGAAGCAGAAGCAGAUACCCAGGCACGCCGCAAGAAGGCCCAGGAUCUGCUACAGCGGCAUGAAGCCACCAGCAUCGAAAAGCUCAAGUUCUGGCAUUUUGAACCAUCUGAGCAGCACGACGACGCGACACCGGAAGAGCAGCAUAAGGAAUUUCUGGCCAAACUCGUGACCCGGUUGGUUUACACUUGUAACCACCUGCAGUCCAAGCUGGCGAAUCUUCGACGGGCGGUGCAGAACCACAAGGGUCUGCACAAGGAUGCUACACGGGCACUUGAUUCCCGUGUACAGGACUUGGAGCAAGGUGCACCAAGACCAGAUGCUGGCGAGACCAGCAGUGCACCCUCUACCCGCCAAUUGGAGAAACGAGUUGACCACGUAGUCGGAAUGCUCGGCGACAUCAGCACCUUCGCUGCACCAGCAACCAUAAGCAAGCAGCUGGACACCUUGAAGACCGAGGUUCAACAACUGCACCAGCGGCCCAACAAGGAGGGCAACACCAAUGCGCAGCACUACAAGAUGCCGACAUUCCGAAUCAAGAAGUUCGAUGAUUAUACGCAUCAAGACCCGGUCCUCUGGUGGGAAGGCUUUUACGACGCAACUUCGGAUUCUUUUCAUCCCCGAGCAUUCGUACAUCGGCGCGUUGUUCCUCAACUCAAAAGGCGGAUGCCAGAUCUGGCUCAGCCACCGGGCAACCAUUCACGGCUACCAACUCCGUUGAUGGACGUCGGAGUAGAGGUUGUCGACAUUCACGACUACAUUGGGAAGAUCGACCGCGAGUUCAAGACACAACGGUAUGACGACAUCGACGCGCCAUUGUUCUACAUACGCAUUCAGAUCGGAGAGGCGACCUGCAGCGCUUUGAUCGAUUGCGGAGCUACUCGCAACUACAUGAGCCAAGAUUUUAUGGUACGCGCUGGCCUUGGGCCACGCGUUCGGAGAAAGUCGCAGCCCACACAAGUCACGUUGGCCGACGGUCACACACACAAGUCAAUCAACCAGUGCAUUGACGCCGUCCCCGUGUACCUUGCCCCACAUGCAAGCGAGGCCGUGUCCUUCGAUAUUUUGGACACCAAGUUCGACAUGAUCUUGGGCAUGUCAUGGCUGCGAAGCGAGGAUCACCUGGUGAACUUCUACCGCUGCACCGUUCACGUUCGUGAUCGGAAUGGAGUACUAGUCCCAUGCACGGUGCCUCCUCCUCACCCUUCGAUCAGUUGCCACGUGGUGUCCGCCGCAAGCAUUCGAGCUUCCAUCAUCCGGGAUGACAUCGAGGAGAUGGGGGUGUGUUUUCUCCACGCCCUCCCGCGCCAAGACAUUCCAUCACCACCGGACCCACGCAUCACCGAGCUUCUCGACACCUACGACGACGUGUUUGAAACACCCCACGGAGUAGUACCGGAUCGGCCCAUCCGCUACGAGAUCAUCCUCGAGGACGGGGCCGUACCUCCGCGUGGUUGCAUCUACCGCAUGAGCGAGGAAGAGUUAAGUGUGCUAAGGGCACAACUCGACGAUCUUCUCGAGAAAGGCUGGAUUCGGCCUAGCUCUUCGCCAUACGGUGCUUCCGUUCUUUUCGUUUGGAAGAAGAACAAGGAGUUGCGGUUGUGCAUCGAUUAUCGCAAACUCAACGCGCAAACCCAGGAGGACCGCUACAAGACCCCGUUUAAGACGCGAUAUGGGCAUUUCGAAUGGCUGGUUAUGCCUUUUGGCCUUACGAAUGCCCCGGCCACAUUCCAGGCGGCUAUGACAAUGGAGUUCCGACACAUGCUGGAUAGAUUCGUACUCAUCUACCUCAACAACAUUUUGGUGUACAGCCGGAGUUUGGACGAGCAUGUGGAGCACCUGCGCACCGUUUUGGAGCGACUACGACAAGCCAAGGACAAAGCCAACCUCGACAAAUGCGAAUUUGCGCGGCAAGAGCUGGAGUACUUGGGACAUUAUGUGACGCCGCAAGGCAUCCGUCCGCUUGCGGACAAGAUUGAGGCCAUCCGUGUAUGGCCCAAGCCCACCAACACCACGGACGUUUGCUCAUUCAUGGGGUUGGCGGGCUACUAUCAAUGCUUCAUCACCGGCUAUCUUCGGAUCACCCGCCGGCCAGCCACUAUCGCGUCGUUGACGGGUGCUUGCUCCUCCACUCGAGAGGCAAGGACUUAUUGUGUGUCCCACGAGACCGUCAUCUUCGGACUCGCCUCCUUCGGGAGUACCAUGACUUGCAACUCGCCGACCAUUUCGGAGUCAAUCGCACUAUUGCACGACUUCGGCAACGAUUCCGAUGGCCAGACCUCAUUACCGAUGUCCUUCGGUAUUGCGACUCUUGCGAAGUUUGCCGACGAUGCAAGCCCCGCAACCGCAAUCCCUACGUUGGCAUAUUCUUUGUUGUUCGUGGUGGCCAGCACAGGUCAAGUGUGUGCUCAAGAUAAUGCCGUGGUUGAGACACAUGGUCGGAGAGCGACUGCAGGAUCAUCACGCUCCGAUGUGCCGAUGCACAUCAAUGAAGCAGAUGAUCUAGAUGUUCUGUACGAUCAUGACCUCUAUGAUGAUGAUGAUUCCAGAAUCCACAAGUACAUUGAAGAUUGUAAACAAUAUGUGUAUACCAUGGCAAGGGAGAUGCAUGAUAUGGAACAGCAUAGGCAUCAAUCGAGUGCUGUGGCGCGGUAUGGUGUGGUGGGUAAGGUUCCAAAUGAUCAUGCCUUGAGGGAAGUAUUUGGUAGGUUUGUUACGGACAACCAAGGACUUCGUUGGACUCAGGAUGAGUUAUUGGAUAUGUUGAAGAAGAAGGAGGUGGAAGUGGAUGCAGUUAAGAGUGCGUUGGCCAACAUUGAGUUCAACGCAAAGUCAGUGAUGGAAAAAUUUGUUCAAGAGGAACAAAACGAUGAGGUGAGAUAUUCCUCUAUGUCCGAUACUGCGCGUGUCAAAGAAGAGUCAAAAGUUAACAUGGACAUUGAGAUGCGGAUUCGUUCUCGGCUUAGGUCGAAGAUUCGAGAUGAUUUGAUUGAUGAGAUUGUCAAGUAUAACACCCAAGUUCAUCCCCACGUGCUGGAAGAGUGCGAUGGUUUGCGUCGGCGACUUGAAAAGGCGGAAUGUGCAGUGAGGAGAUUGUUGUCCUGCGACUCCCGAAUUCCGCAUAAGUAUGACACUCGUGCUAAGAGGAGAGCAAUGGCAACUAGCAAUAUCACUGGACAAGAUACGAAUGUUGGAUCAAAAGUUGGAGCCCAACGUUCUGAGAGGUCCAAGAAAAGUGAAAAUGAUGAAAGGUCGGUGAAUCUUGGAAGUGAAUGUGCUCGGGACGAUCAUCGUGCUAUUAGUGAUGUUGAUCGUGGAUGUUCCCAAGUGAAUACCCUUGAUGGUGCUGGAAAGAUGGUUGUGGAGGGGGAUGGUGAUCAUUAUUGUGGUGAUGGGGAUGGUUCGUGUAGAGCUCGGUCGGGUAAGCCCUUGAAGCUUACAUUUGCUGAUGACGAGGAUGAUGACGUUACGGGUGAGUCAAAAGAAGACUGCGUUCAUUCUACAUUCAAGAGAAGAAAGAGACGUGGUGCGAAAACUAAUGUUAUGAGUUCGCCUGAUAUGCUCGAGGCUACGUUGGCUGAUAAUCAUGUGGCACGACAACCCGUUGUUAAUGAAACGGCAACUCAAAUUGCAAGAGCACUGUGUGAGUUGCCUGCUGAUGCACUUGCAUCUCUUCCAUUUUGUGCACCGCUUGUUGGACGUGGACGUGUUAAUGAUUCGUCUUCGCAAUCUCAGCGCAGUGGACGCGAAAGACAUGUUUGUGGCACAUCGCGACUAGAAAAUCGUCCCAGCGUUGUUGUGCUGCCUGAUAAUAACGAUGCACCCACAAUUCGCACUUCGAAUCCCCGCGCUUACCUUGCUAGAUGGUUUGACGAUGCGAAGAAGGUUGGCAUCCAAAAUGUUUUGACUGAGGUUGAUGCUGCAAUCAACCAUUUCAUUGAGGCGGGGAGUAGCGUGAAAGCAAUUGAAGCUGCCAUUGCAUCACGGCAAUGGGCAAAGGCAGUGCAGAUAGUGGAAGCCCAGGAUGCAAAGGUGGCUCUUCCAUUUUGCAAAAGGAUUGCACGACACUAUGAAUCGGCAAAAAAUUAUGAGGAGGCAGAGACGUUCUUCAUCCGUGCAAAACUCCCUGGUGAGGCAGUGGAGAUGUACACCAGGGCAAAGCGUUGGGAGGCUGCACUGAAGGAGGACAUUUACUCCCUCGACCACGCUAAUAAGGUGCUGCAACAGUCGUCGGACCGGAUGCUCAAGCGCAUUCAGCAGCUGGAGCAGCAGGUCGCUAACGCCAAUGCCACCGCCGGCCCCUCCGACCUCGCCGACCACGUCAACGUCUUGGAGAUAGACGUGGGGACACUCAAGACCGGGGCACAGCAGCUGCAACAGCAAGUUUGCGCAGCAGCCGGCCCUGGCACAACGACACGCGAAAGCAUUGUCAAGUUCGAUGGGCUCCCGAUCUUCUGUGACGCAUCGAAGACCAACCCCAUACAAUGGUGGCGCCAGUUCGAAGUCAAGCUGGACCUCCACCACGUCAUCGACACGAACCGGCAUGCAUACUUGUACUCCCGCUCGGGAGGAGCGUGUCAGUCGUGGUUGGACAACACGCUGUCCACCCACACAUGUCCAGUCACCGAAUUACACAAGUACAUCACCUGGGCGGACCUCACGGCGGCAUGGAAGAAGCGUUUCCAAGUAGAACCGCCUGAGCACCUGGCGAUGGACAAGCUGCUCACGUUUUCACCGAAGAGAUCGGCUUAUGUUUUCUUCGAAGCGGUAGCCGACUCCCAACCUACGGACUUGUCUUCAGACCCCCGGGUGGUGCGGUUGCUCGACGAAUUUGCCGACGUUUUCGAGUCACCUACCGGCGUGGUGCCGGAUCAGCCAAUCUCUCACGAGAUCAUUCUCGAUGCCGGUGCCAUGCUGCCAAAAGGUUGCAUUUACCGCAUGAGCGAGGAGGAACUUACAGUACUCCGCGCGCAGCUCGAUGACUUGUUGGACAAAGGCUGGAUCCGACCUAGUAGCUCACCCUAUGGUGCGCCGGUUCUCUUCGUUCGGAAGAAGAACAAGGACCUUCGCCUAUGCAUCGAUUACCUUAAGCUCAAUGCGCAAACCGUCAAGCACGCAGGACCUCUUCCUCGUAUUGACGACCUUCUGGAGCGCUUGGGUGGCGCAAAAUUCUUUUCUAAGCUGGAUUUGAAGUCGGGAUAUCAUCAGAUCUCGAUUCGGCCGCAAGAUGGCUACAAGACCACGUUCAAGACACGGUACGGGCACUUCGAGUGGGUUGUUAUGCCUUUUGGACUCACCAACGCCCCGGCGACUUUUCAAGCGGCAAUGACCAACGAGUUCCGAGCAAUGUUGGACCGGUUCGUGCUGGUCUACUUGGACGACAUCCUCGUCUAUAGCCGGACCUUGGAGGAACAUCUUGACCAUCUUCGACGAGUGUUGGAGAUACUCCGGCGUGCCAAGUUCAAAGCCAACCGCGACAAGUGCGAGUUUGUACGUCAAGAGUUGGAAUACUUGGGCCACUUCGUCACUCCACAAGGCAUCAGUCCGUUAUUGGACAAGAUUCAAGCCGUCCAAGAUUGGUCGGAGCCGCGGAACGUCACGGAUGUCCGAUCAUUCCUUGGCCUCGCCAGCUACUACCAACGAUUCAUCAAAGGCUACUCGAAGAUCGCGGCUCACUUAACCAAGCUUCAAUGCGAGGACCGACCGUUUGACUUCGGGACGGACGCGCGGGAAUCAUUCUUGGCCCUCAAGGCCGCAUUGCUUUCCGCGGAGGUAUUGCGGAUAUUCGACCCGCUAUUGCCAACGCACGUCACCACGGACGCAUCCGGCUAUGGCAUUGGUGCCGUCCUCGAGCAACAUGACGGCGUGGAUUGGCACCCGGUCGAAUACUUCAGCAAGAAAGUGUCGGCCGUGCACUCCAUCGAUGAUGCAUGCAAGAAGGAACUUCUCGCCUUUGUCCACGCACUCAAGCGGUGGCGGCACUUCCUCCUCGUCCGACGCCAGUUCCGAUGGGUAACGGACAACAAUCCGUUGGUCUUCUACAAGUCUCAAGACACCGUCAACAGCACCAUCGCCCGUUGGAUGACCUUCAUUGACCAAUUCGACUUCUUUCCCGAUCACAUUCCGGGGAAGUCGAACCGUUUUGCGGAUGCCCUUUCGCGGCGUCCGGACCACUGCACCGCGGUCUACUCAACCUUCAAGAUCGAGGACGACUUGCGGGACAGCUUCAUCCGCGGCUAUCAAGCCGACCCCGAGUUUCGCGACAAGGAAGCGAUUGCCAUGGAUAUCACCGGGCCGUUCCCCAAGCACAAGACGGGCGUCGAUGGGAUUCUCACGGUGGUUGACCGCCUCACCAAGUUUGCCAUGUUCUUGCCUCGCCGCUAUCACGCCAAGGCACCGGAGUUGGCCGAGAUGGGUGCAAGGUUUUCUCCAAGAUCGAUCUCAAGUCUGACGCCUACCAGAUUGAGCCGGCAGGCUCAACUCACGCCGGAGGAUUAUGAGAUCCUCCAAGCAGAAGAACUUCAGGAUGAGUUGCAGUGGCAGUUGGAUGAAGCAGCAGGGAGGAGAAAAAGAGCAAUUAUGAGAAAAGCUAGACUAGGUAGGAGAUUGCAGGAGCUAAGCAGAUUAGAAUCAUUAGAUGAGUCAACAGUUGACCCUGCGAUGCGAGCUCUGCGUAACUCGCUCCUGUGUGUGGCGGAGACGCAGGUUGUUCAGCAGGAAGUGUUGGCUGAAUUAGUGGCAGGCCAGAAACGAAUUCUGGCUGCACUACAGGCUCCUUGUCCAGUGAUGAGGCAGCCUCAGUUUGCUGUAGCUCCCCCAUCGGUUGCGGGUCCAUCGAUGAUGCCGUCGCCGGUUGGACCCUCAUUCUCACCUAUGUUUGGCAUGCCCCCUCCAGGUGGUUAUGUGGCGACUAGUGGUCCGUUCCUUAGAGUCUCUGCCGUACCAUCGACGACAGUGGUAACUACAGUCCCACUGCUAAGCCGGGCCCAGGCGGCUAAGAUGAAGAGGUUGGAGGAGGAGAUGAAGAGGGUACAACAGGAGGAGGAAGAAAGAAGGAAGGCUGCUGAAGCAGAAGCGGCAGCAGAAGAAGAGAAAGAGAGAAUGAGAAUUGAGAGUGGAGAAGGGAGCAGUGGCACGAUGAAGUGGGAGACAGAUACUGAGCUGGAGAAGAAGAUCAACGAGUGGGUCGCUAAUUUAUCGUUGGGGGAAGACGAGGAGGCGGAGUCAUAUGUGACUAAGGAUGAGAAGGCUGCACUGGCCACUGAGUUAGCAGCCAUGACGGACCCGAUGGAACGAAGAGAGAGGGAAGACGAGCAAAAGUUAGCAUGRAAGUUGAGAAUGAAGAGGGAGAAGAAGAGGAGGAGAGAGGAAGUGAAUAAGAUGACCGCAGCAGUGGCAAAGGUGCAGGAGUGUAGAGCGGAGGUGCUGGCCCAGCCAGAUGAUAAGGCCAAGUGGGACAAGGUACUGGGCUAUCUAGAGGUGUUGAGCAAGGCAUGGAUGGAAGAGCGCCAGGCAAGUUGGAGCCAGGAUGUAGCGUUGAGUGCCAUGCGGUCUGGUUUCAGGGAUUUUGCGCGCGAGAUCAUCACCCACAUUGGGGGCGAAGUGAAGCAAUUGAGAGACAAUGUAGGGAAGUUUUCUGAGGGCGCCAUUCAGGGUGCCAAAGCUGUAGCCGCCGCAGAGGGAGAGGCCAGGCCCCGUAAGGACCCAGUGAAGCUUAAGUUUCCGAAUGUGUACGGGGGAAAGAAGGAAGAAAACUUUGACAACUGGGAAGCCAGUGUCAACAGUUAUGUUUACUUACAGCAUAUCCUAGCAGAGGAACAAGUCCUUGUGGCCUUCCAGGCCCUCAAAGAUGAAGCGGCUAGCUUCGCCAGGUCUCUUGUGCGUACAGCCGGUUGUGAAAACAACCUGGUUGCAUAUUCCAAAGUCACUCCUCUUUCCCAAUUCCUCAAGCUCCUCAAGGAGCGGUUCGCUGACCCAACACGAGGCAUUAGAGCCUCUGAUAAGCUCCAAACGAUCCACUCCCGGCAGUGGAGGAGUGCCAAGGCACUCAGGGGUACCAUGGACGACUUGGUAGCCGUCCCGGACCACGGGGUCACUGAGCCCGAUCUGGUCCAGUUGUUUUAUCGUGCCAUUCCAGAGGCCCUACGCGGGCAUUUCUUUGACAAAUCUCAGCAGGCCAGCAUGACUUACGAUGCAUUGAGUAGAGAAGUCGUCCUGUAUAAGUCGAAGUCUAUGCCAGUUACCACUUUCUGGCAUAAGGACCUGGAGAAGGGGAAGAAGUGGAAAGAUCGUACCAUCUCGGGCGAAGUCAAGGCCAAGGAUCACUUGAUCCUGACAUUAGAGGAGGGUGGUACAGAAGAGGUCCCAUAUGAUCAGAUUGAGUGGGGCCUAGGGGAGGAGUACAGUAGUGUAGGGCAUGGGAGGUCUUACGCUGCUGUCACGGCCGGAGGGAGGCCGCAAGGUAGAGGAGGAGGCCAGGGCCAAAGGGGCCAGGCCAUGGGAGGCCGAGGACCGGGCGCACAUGGGGUUGGUGGACAGGGAAACCGCCAAGCGGGAGGUAGGGGUCAAGGUCCCCCGUUAAAUCGCCAGGGUAACCAGUCCCCACAGCGAGGAGGUGGAAGGGCACCUCAAGGAGGAUGGCACCUAGGCUUGCCGCAGGGCAGGCCCUGGGAAGACUUGGGCUUGGACCAGCGAUUAUGGCAGGAACGCGUGAACAUGGGUCAGUGCGUAUUCUAUGGUGACCCGGGGCACGUCUUGGAGAAGCUACGAGAGGCUAACUUCAAGAUCAACGCAAAGAAGUGUGAGUGGGCCAAGACACAAGUUUUGUACUUGGGCCACGUGUUGGACGGAGAUGGCAUUAAGCCAGAGGACAGCAAUAUAGCGGCGAUUAGAGACUGGCCGACGCCCCGCACAUUGACAGAGUUGCGGUCGUUCCUAGGCUUAGCUAACUACUAUAGGAAGUUCGUGAGGAACUUCUCCACUAUCGCCGCCCCCUUGUGCAAACUGCUAAAGAAAGAGGCAAUCUGGCAAUGGGACAAAGACUGUACGUCUGCGCUCAAGAAGUUAAAGCGCGCGUUAAUAGAAUAUCCUGUCCUCAAAAUAGCAGAUCCGUCCUUGCCGUUUGUCGUUACCACGGACGCAAGUCAGUAUGGGAUAGGCGCCGUAUUGCAGCAAGACGACGACAAUGGCUAUAGACCCGUAGAGUUCAUGUCMGCGAGGAUGCCCUGUGAGAAGGUCGCUACCUCCACGUACAAGAGGGAACUCUACGCUCUCAGGCAGACUUUAGACCAUUGGAAGCACUAUCUGCUUGGGAGGCACUUCAAAGUGUAUUCGGACCACGAAACGCUUAGAUGGUUGGACUUCAUGCAAAGCACUUUGGACCAGAUCCUGGACAUUUUGACAAGGCCAGAAUUUAGGCCACCAGCACAAUCGCCGUUGCCGUUAUCGGCAAUGUCAGCCCCCUUUCCAAUUCAAGCUGGUACACAACCAAGUGGUACGUCUGCAACAGCCGCACAGACUGUUGCAUCUUCUUCUUCGGGUCCAACGGUGGUUGCUACACCACCGCAACAACCUGUUCAACAAUCUGGACAGCCGCAGGGUCAAUGGUAUCCUAAGACCCCAAUGAAACCGCCUCUUGCCUUCUCAGGCGAGAGAAAGGACGAAGAACUCAACACAUGGUUGAGGACCGUCCCGGUUUGGGUGAAGGCAAAGAAGACCUUGCCUGAGGAUGAAGUGGUAACUGCUGCAUCUUACCUCGAGGGUAAGGCAGCCAAAUGGCUAGAUGGUGUAGUUGUGAAGGCAGGGUACGGGCGACGCAUGGCGGACUGGGCUAAGUCACUAACGUUAGACCAGUUCAUGGAAAUGGUAGAAGCUCGAUGGCAUAAUCCACGGGAGGCGCAAAGAGCCACUGAUGCGAUUAACAAACUGGACCAACGAAAGUUCAAGACGGUCAGAGAGCUUACGACUACCGUUGAGAGCCUGAUCCUCGUCCCUGGCAUCAACUAUAGUGACCAGUUCCUGUUAACAACGUUCUUCUACUUGAGGACUGAUCAUCAGACCCUCAAAUGGAUCAAGACUCAACCGGCUCUUUCUGAUGCACUCAAGCGAUGGAUUGAGGUCAUAGACCAAUAUGACUUCAAGCUUGAGUAUCUGAAGGGAGAGUAUAACAAGGUUGCUGAUGCGCUAUCACGUAGAGCAGACUACCUAGGUGCGCUAGUUUCUGACUUUGGCGUAUCUGAAAAAGUAACUCAAUCAUUGGCGGGAGCCUAUCAGGAAGACCCUGUCACGAUGGACAUCAUGCGCAAACUUCAGGCAAAAGACAAGGCCACGGAAAGACAGAGUGUUUCCAUGGAUUUCAUGGACACCCUGGUGACUAGUAAGAGUGGCAAGAGGCACAUCUUCGUCAUCAUCGAUCGAUUCACCACUGACCGAGAUGUCCGAUUCACAAGUGAGUUGUGGAAGAAGACUGCAGAACAGAUGGGCAGUCAACUUCAGAUGACUUCAGGGAAUCAUCCCGAAGCCAACGGACAAGCCGAGCAAAUGAACAGAGUUGUACAGCACUUGCUGAGGCAUUACAUCAAGCCCAGCCAGGAUGACUGGGAUGAGCAGUUGCCUCUCAUCGCCAGCCUGUACAACAAUGUUGUACACAGCAGUACCGGCGUUAGUCCUAAUCAGCUACACUUGGGAUGGAAGCCUAGAUCAGCCCUAGACUUCCGCCUACCUGAAAACCGACCUGCUGCAACUCCAGGCACACUUGAGUAUGGUGUGCAGUAUGAGAAGUUGCUGCAAGAAGCUGUCGAGCACAUGAAGAAAGCUCAGCAAGCGAUGAUUGCUUAUGAGAAUCAACAUCGUAGGCAGUCCUCAUUUCAAGUAGGGGAACGUGUCUGGGUCAAGGCUAGUGAGCUAGGACAGGAGUUCGGAAUCUCUUGCAAACUAAUGCCUCAGUAUUUUGGUCCCUGCGAAGUCCUGGAUAUAGUGGGAGAUGAGUUGGAUGGUCCCACAUAUGUCAUUCGUAUCCCUGGACACCUACGCACUCACCCUGUCUUUCAUGCCUCAAAGCUUGCACCUUUCGCUGAGACUGAUCAAUUCCCUUCACGGAGAUCGAUGCUGCCCCCAACCAUGGAUGGACAAGUCAACAUCGAUGACAUUGUGGAUCAUAGGGAUAUGCCUGUUGCAAAGCCGCUGGGUCGAGGAAGACCUCCUAAACCCAAGAGAGAGUAUCGCGUCAGAUUCAGGCAUGACACGGAUCCAAAAGAAGAUCGGUGGUUCACCAGGGAGGAACUGAUUGAGAAUGUGGCUGCAAGAUAUAUGUCAGAGAGUGAGGCCAACAUGCUUUACCUGAGAAGGGCAAGGGAGUUGGAGGCAAGUGGUCGUCUGAAGGAAGCUGAAAAAAUGUUUAUUGAAGUGAAGGAGUACGAUCUUGCAAUCAAGAUGUACAAGAAGGCACACAUGUAUGACCAUAUGAUUCGCCUUGUUGCAACUUAUCGAAAGGAUUCACUCCUGGAGACUCAUUUGCGUCUUGCUCAGCAGCUUGAGAAAGACGGGAUGUUGAGAGAAGCAGAACAUCAUUACGUGGAGGCAAAAGACUGGAAGAGUGCAGUGCAGAUGUACAGAGUGAACAACAUGUGGGAUGAGGCAAUAAGAGUAGCCAAGCUCUAUGGAGGAAUCAGUGCUUCAAAACAGGUUGCUUAUGCGUGGGCAGUGAGUCUGGGAGGUGAAGCUGGAGCUUUGCUGUUGACCAGGUUUGGGCUCAUGGAGCAGGCUGUGGACUAUGCAAUUGAGAGUGGAGCAUUUAAUCAUGCCUUUGAGCUAUGCCACAUAUCUCUCAAGCAGAAACUCCCUGAGCAGAAGAAGAAGGAGCUACAGGAAAGUCUGCAGCAGCUGCAGGCGGUGCUACCAGAACUCGAGCGGCAGGAAGCAGCCGAACUAGAGGCUGCAACAGAUACUUCCAGGAGGGAGUACUUGUUGGAGCAGCUAGGCAAAGUCUUGACAGAUGACCGCUGCUCCCAGGUGAACAAGAAUCUGGCGGAGUGGGCCAUUUUCGAGCACAAGGCCACCAGUUCCUACUUCACAAACUGGGAUGAGCGGCUAGACCGCCUGGAAAGCAGGGUACAUAACCUGGAAGCUCAGCAGUCCAAGAUCCUGAAGGCAAUACAGGACUUGACUGCUCAGCUGACAGCAGCCCGGUUGAUUUCUCCCUUGUCUCCUGUCCUCCAACCUAAACCCUCUCCUUCUCCUCCUUCGACCCCCUCUGGUUCACGUCAUUCUUUCCCCUCACCACCUCCUUCCCAAAAGGCCACAGCCAAACCCACUUUUGCAGCUGUUGUUGCAGGGGAUCAGAGAGGUCCCAAGAUCCCUGCCCCCAACAAGUUCAGAGGGGAUGACCUAAAGACUGAUGUUGGGGAUUGGGCUGCGGGGACCAGGGCUUACUUGAGGGCCUUCAUAUGCCCAGAACAGACAAAAGUGGCUACGAUUCUGGGACUGCUGGAGGGGCCUGCGCAAAAGUGGGCUACCUCUACCUCCAGCGGUCUGCAGAAAUCUAUGGAGGAUUGGGCUUUGGGAUUGGGGGUGGACAGUCUUCUACAGGCUCUGAAAGACCGCUUUGCAGAUAAGGAGCGGGCCCGCAAAGCUGCUGACAGGAUUGCUCGCCUGGGACAGCAGCAUUACAGCAGUUCCAUGCAAUCGUUAUUUGCAGAGUUCGAGCAGCUAACUUCCACCCCUGGUUUAGUCAUGUCCGCCGAUGACUUACUAACCAACUUCUGCAAGGCAGCCCCUGAGAAGUUUUCUGUUGCUUUGUACAAUGCUGGGCAUAAGGAUUGGAGAUCCUUUGGCCGUGCAGCCCUGGACAUGGAGGCAAGACUUCAUGUCCAGGCCCUCUCCUCUGAUAGGAGGAAAGGUGUCUUCCCUCGUGGUGGUAGAAAGGGAAAGGCAGCCUUUGCACAUGCAGGUUCUGCAUUAGCUUCUGAUUCAGACUCCCAGGCUGAUACACCAUCAGGUGGGACUGGAUCAGCUGUUGAGACAGAUGUUGCAGCGGCCCUGACUCAGGCUGUUCUGGGAGGCUGCACGGUGUUCAGCAAAGUCGACCUCAAAUCUGGUUACCACCAGAUUGAGAUGGCAGAGGAGGAUGUCUACAAGACGACCUUCAAGACCAGGUAUGGUACUUACGAGUUCCUGGUCAUGCCAUUUGGACUUUGCAACGCCCCAGGUACCUUCCAGACAGAGAUGCACCGCAUCUUCAGGCCUUACCUGGACAAGUUCAUGGUUGUCUACCUAGAUGACAUCCUAGUAUUCAGCCGAACUACCAGGGAACAUGCGGAGCACUUGGCUCUAGUCCUUCAGUCGUUACGUGACAGCCAGUAUAAGAUUAACAGAGAGAAGUCCUCUUUUGGAGUUCCCUCUGUCAUCUAUCUGGGUCACGUAAUCUUUGGAGAUGGCUUGGCUCCUGAAGCAACCAAGAUAGCUGCUAUUCAGGAGUGGCCACAGCCUCACACAGUAAGGGAUGUCGGGUCCUUCAUGGAUUUAGCCUCAUACUACAGAAAGUUUGUCAGAAACUUCUCUGCAGUGGCUGCACCCCAGACCAACCUAACAGAGAAAGACACUCAUUUUCUUUGGUCCCUUCCCUGUCAGUUGGCCUUCACACAACUCAAGAAGGCCUUGACUCGUGUACCAGUGCUGAAAUUGCCUAACCCCACUUUGCCAUUCAUCCUGACCACUGAUGCCAGUCAGUAUGGCAUUGCGGCAGUUCUUCAGCAAGAUGAUGGGAAUGGUAUACGGCCAGUAGAGUUUAUGAGUAAGAAGAUCAAGACUCAAAAACAUCAGGACUCUACCUACGAGAAAGAGUUGUAUGCUCUUGUUUGUGCCCUGAAACAUUGGAAACACUUUCUCCUGGGAAGACACUUCAAGAUUUUUUCAGACCACUCCACCUUACAGUGGAUGAAGUCCCAGGGAGAGCUAAAUGAUAAGUUGGCACGAUACAUUCAGUUCAUAGACAUGUUUGACUUUGAACUGAAGCAUAAGAAGGGCUGCUACAAUAAGGUAGCAGAUGCCCUCUCUCGUAGGCUUGACUCUUUUACAUUGAUCUCCUCUACUCACUCCUUUGGAGAGGAGACCCGUCAGACCAUUGCUCGUCUUCUGCCUCAGGACCCGACUUAUGGACCCAUAGUCAGGAAUCUGCAAGCGGAUCCCAACUCUGAACCCGACUAUAUCCCGAGUUCAGAUUUGUUGUCUUCCUACAGCAGAGGUGAGGAUCGCUUGUAUCAGCGGCUCAGGACACUGCUGAUGUCAGAGUGUCAUGAUGCACAUGGACAUUUUGGGUUCUUAAAGUCCUAUGCAGCCCUGUCGCAGCACUUCUUCUGGAGGGAGAUGCGGAGUGAUAUGCUGCACUAUGUGGAAACAUGUGAGCUUUGCCAGACGAACAAGGUUCAGCGUAGGCCUCCUCUGGGACUACUCAAACCCUUACCCAUACCUGAUGGCCCUGCUGAAUCUGUGUCGAUUGAUUUCACAGAUUUAGGCCAGACCACCCCUCGUGGCAUGCGUCAGGUUAUGGUCUGCGUGGACAGGUUCUCCAAAUACGCAGAGUUCAUCCCCCUGCCAGAGGUAGCUAGAGUCCUGGCUGUGAGAGCAGCCUUUUAAGAGAGGUGGGUCACACACCAUGGACCGCCCACUUCUAUAGUCAGUGAUAGAGACCUCCGAUUUUGCAGUGAUGAGU